AUGGCACAUUCUAUGUCGUCUACACAACGCAUUGAAUGGAUGUAUAAAAAUUCUAGAGAUCCAACAGAAUGGCGUGCCUAUUCUGACAUCGAAACAAUAAUUAUUGAAGAAGCUUAUCAAAAGAAACAAUCCGAAGCAUUACUUGACGAUUAUCACAUUAAUUUAAAGCGACUCCUUCAAGUAUCUAACCAGAACCAUACAGAUCAAUGUUCCGUUCAGCGUGUUAUCAAACAACGUACAGAUAGUCGAUUGAGAGAAGAACGUUUUAUGCCUGAUCCCAUUUUACCAUCAAAAGGCUUUACUGAUGCUCGUCAUAGAGCUAGUUUUCUUGAUGCAGCAGGUCAAUGUCUCAAUUUAUCUGUUUUGAAAGUUUCUGACGAUACUUUUGUAACAAUGUUAGUAGAAAAAGCCGCCGAAGGUAUUUUAAGUGAAGCAAAAAAAGUAGGCAAAGAAAAAGAAGGCCAAUGGAUGGCUGAACAGCUACUCAAGACAAAAAGCAAAAGUCGAUAUGAAGUAGCCAAAUGUUGUGCUCGUCUUUACUGCAUGGAAUCUUUUCUGUAUAAGAAAAUGAAUGAAAUAAUGCGAUUAGGAACAGAUGAAAAAUAUCAGGCUCUUUGGCAGAGUAAGCUAUUGACAUUUGGACCGUUUGCUUGUUUACUUUUUAAUUUACAACGAGAUCUUUCUGUCUCAGCUACUAUCCAAACGAAAACUGUUUAUCGUGGUGCCAAUUUUUCGCCUGAACAAAUCAAAGAAUAUCAACGAAUCACUAAUUAUUCAAAAGCAGAUCGUAAUUAUGGUCAAUUUCCUGCAUUUACAUCAACAAGUCGUAAUAGAGAGAAGGCUCAACAAUUUGGUAACAUACUUUUUCUUAUCGAAAUUGGUGAAGCUGAUGGUUGUGAUUUUUCGUUAUAUUCAGAGUUUGACGAAGAAGAACAUUUACUUGCACCUCAUUUUUAUUUCUCCAUUGAAUCAUGUCUCUUUGACAAUGAAAUAAACAAAUGGGUCAUUGCUCUUCGCUCAUUGAACAUUUGA